AUGGCUCAACUACAGAAGCUGGAGACGAAGGUUGCAAUGAAAUCACCAGAGAAGAUCGCAGCUUUCUUCAGGGACAGCUUCACCUCCUUCCCUCAAUUGGUCCCUGACGUUGUCAAGACUGCUGAGGUCAUGGGCGGCGGUCACAAGGCAGCAGGGCCUGGCUCCGUAUUGCUUCUCCAAUAUUCCUUCCCUGGGACCCCCUUAAUGAGCGUGAAGCUCAAGUGGGAAGAAGAAGCCAUGGAAGAAGCAGGAGAAGGGAAGAAGUCGUGCUUGUUCACGGUGAUAGAAGGAGAGUUACUGGAGAUGUACAAGAGUUACAGUCUGAAGAUUGAGAUGGACAAAUGA